AAAUAAUCAUAAACUUCAAAUAAUCUAAAUUUUGAAUCAAAAAUUUCAAACUACCUCUAACAAAAUGAUGAUUAUCAUGAUCAAAAUACCGUUAUUGUUGAUGAUGAUGUUGUCUUUAUCAUCAGUAAUUGCUGAAUGUGAUAUUAAAAAAGUUGAUAAAUGUAUGCUUGAAAUGGCCAUUAUUGGUGAUACUGAAUUACGUUUUCCAACUAAUCAAACAGCAAUGAAUGAUCGUUGUAAACAGAUGCGACGUUUAGAAUAUUGUGUAAAAGAUUAUUCAAAAAAAUGUCUUACAAAACGUGCUGGUCAAACAACUUCCGUAUUGAUGUAUGGCAUGACCAAAACAAAUAAAGCAUUUUGUUCGAAAAAACGACAACAAUCAUAUUUACGUAUUGGACGUUGUGUAAAUAGUGAUCCGCAAAUAUUUUCAACAAUAAUGAAUCGUUUGACUAAAUCAUUUCAUGCAAUAAAAUCAUAUCCAAAAGAAUCGAUGCGUAUUCCGUUGGUCUGUUGUAAUUAUCAUCGAUUCAAAGAAUCAAUUAUGAAACAUGUGGAAAAAAUCUGUCCAAAUGAAUAUGAUGAUGUUGAAACAUUAUUGGAUGGUUAUGUAAAUGAUGUUGUCAAUUUAAUCUGUGGUGAUUAUACAGCCGAUUCGGAUAAAUGUGAUUCAAUCAUAGCUGAUACACCGGAAUGGAAACAAUCAUUAAUAUAUAAAAGUUUUGUCAUACCAUUGGCACAAGUUGUUGAUAGUAUUUAAUGUUUUUUUUUUCAAUAUAUGGAUGAUCUCAUCAUCUCUUUUUUUGUUUCAUUAAAAUUUUCAACAACAUCCAAAAUAAAAAAC